CUGGCCGUGGGACCGCGACAAUACGGACGGGGUGCUUCGGAGCGUCGAUAUGAUUGUGACGUUUCGUGACCCGAUGACAAGGCAGUCAGUAAGCAGUACCUAGGCGACAGCUCGACCCGUUCGUCUGUAUGCUCGAGACGACGACUUGGAGCUGUCGGAGCUUCGGAAGCCACAGGGACGCGACGCGGGCAUGGCGCUAGAGAGAGUUCGCGCCGGCGACGGGAUCAACCGUCGUGGACCUCCAAGCUCUUAUGGUUUCUUUUUGUCGAGAGUCGGGGCGGGCGGGAUUAAUUGUUGUGGGAGGCUUCACGCGUGGCCUGGUGCUUUGCGGCGGCGUCCGGAGAAGCUUCCGUUCCGUGCAUUGUGCGGAGGGGCUUCGGGGCUCGUCUCCACGGCCGGUCUUGUUGUUCGCUCGUCGAGCCGCGGACCGCGACGCAGAAAGAGCAGUUGCACAGUGACUGGCAGGCCGUUCCAACGUGUUUGCCACGAGUCUAUCGACGAUGCAAGAGCACGCCAACAACGCAGUCGGCCUGAUGGACCUCGUGGCUCCGGGUCGGCAGCCGGAACAACAGCUGUGUCUACGCUUUCGUACAUACUGCUAGAUAUGCGGACAGGUGGAAAAAGUCUCAGCUGUCGACAUAGCCAAGGCGGCUGGUCCGUCGUGGACCACGGGACGGCCUGGAAUCACGGCGGGCGGUGAUGGAUGGGAGAAGGGGGGUCGACGGGGCGAGCAGCGAGUGCCGAGAUCAUCGUCAUCUUGUCGGCGAGAUUUGCUGCAGGUGAGUUGAGACCCAGCUCGCCAGGUGACGGGCGAGACGCGGGCCUUGGACG